AUGGUGGAUGAUGGUGGAGAAUUGUCGAUCUUCUUCUCCAACUAUGAAGAUAUAAUCGUCGAGAUACUUUCAUGGCUACCGGUUAUAUCUCUCCUCCGAUUCUGUUGUGUAUGCAAGUUAUGGCGUGCCUUAAUCUCCACUUCCGAUUUCAUCGCCAAGCACCGAGGACGUACAAACCACAACGAUAACAAUAAGAAUAUCUUGAUCAUCUUUGAACGUCCCCAUCACUUUCGUGAUCCCCCAUCUCGAUUUCCCCAAAUCGUUGACUACCUAUCACUGAAGAAGAAGUACGUUGUCUCCAGCGUCUCCGCCUCCGCGUCUGCAGCAGCAAUACGUAGAGACCUUGAAGAUGAAUUUCCAGAUGAUACUAGUCUCAACGAUUCAUCCGUUGUGGGUUCUUUCAAUGGCCUCAUCUGCCUACUACUUGAACCCCCACGUGAUGACUGGUCUCACUCAGCAUGA